AUGGCCAAUGUCUUGCUCAAAUCCGUCUGCAAGGCAAUGGAGCGUAUUGCCCCUCUCAGGUUGGCCGAAAAAUGGGACAAUGUUGGCCUGCUGCUAGAGUCGCCUGUUCAACGACAGGGAAGGGGGAACGUUCUGCUGACGAUCGACUUGACUUCAUCCGUUCUCGCAGAAUCUUUAUCGAAAGAAACUUCGGUCAUCGUGGCUUAUCAUCCAACCAUCUUCAAAGGGCUGCAAUCCUUCACGCUGUCGAACCCGCUACAGGCUUCCCUUCUGCAGUGUGCGGCUCACGGUAUCUCGGUAUACAGCCCUCAUACGGCUCUUGAUUCCGUCUGGGGCGGCAUCAACGACUGGCUGGCGGAAGGUUUGAUGAAGGGAAAGGACGAUGGCGAAAUUCGCUCCCUGAUUCGUGAGAAGCUGGACGCAACGAGUGGCGAGAGCGAAGGGGGAGAAGGCAGGCUGGUCACGCUACGAGAGCCGAUAGGGAUGGACGUUCUGGAAAAAAGGAUAAAGUCCCAUCUCAAACUCUUGCAAAUCCAAGUCGGAUAUCCUGGUUCCACGGAAUCUCGAUCGGCACGCAUUCAGUCUAUCGCCAUAUGUGCUGGGUCGGGUGGUUCGAUGCUGCUUGGGCAAGAGGCGGAUGUAUACCUCACGGGAGAGAUGUCGCACCACGAGGUACUCUCUGCAGUAGCAGCUGGAAAGCACGUCAUUCUCUGUGGGCAUACCAAUACCGAACGGGGCUACCUCCCCAUUCUCGCCGCAAAAUUGCGCCACGAGCUGCAGGCUAAUGAUUUGAAGGAUCAAGGUUUGGGCGACGUGGAGGUGUUGGUGAGCGAGAAGGAUCAGCACCCUCUGGAAUUUGUGUAG